CAAGCCCGGGAAUUAAUUCUGUCGAUCACUUCUGUGGUGUAGCGCAGUAAAUGUUCAGUAACAGUGUAAAUGUAUUCAUUUUAAAAGGACAUUUGGCCGAAAGUCGACUUUCGCUCGCCAAAGUGAAAUGUCUGUGGGUGCGUCGAGUGGAUUUGUCUCUGAGAAAAGGACUCUCUCCAACCUCCUCGCCGGUCGUGUGGCGAAGAGGGCGAAGCAGGACGACGGUCAGCGGCUGCAGGAGGCAGCGAUCCAGCUGCUGGAGCAGCAGCAGGACCUGUGCGCUCUGCUCAGGGAGGUGGGGAGUCCAGAUCCGUGCAACAUUCUUCACGCUCAGAAUGGAGAGCAGAAACAGGCCGAGUCUGCACGCAUCUCAUCUGCCAUGGCAGGCUCACUGCUGGUGUGUGAGCUGAGGCGUCAGGCCUCGCAGCUGGCUGUCCCGGUGACAGUGCUGGCAGUUAAGAUGGUGCUGGAGAGACUGAUGGAGGUCACUGAAACUGAGGAGGUGAAGGACGAAGAGGACAAGAGGAGAGGGCUGCUCACUUCCUCUCAGAGAGUCCAGCUGCGUGUCCUACUGGAGUCCUGCAAAGACCUGCUGUCACAGGGAGCCCUCUGCCCUAAACUGCUCUGGCAGGAGUACAGAAGAGAUCAGAGGCUACCCAAACUGGAGGUGGUGUACCAUCUUCACGUUUACAACGUUCUCACUCUGAAGUACAUCUUAGAGAGUGAUGAAGGAGCAAGGUUGUGGUUGGUGUCUCAGUUGAAGGCUCUGUGCAGCUGGACACCUCCACAAGUAGAGGGAGAUGAGACCAAACAAGUUCAACAGAAAGUGCUGUCAACUGUGGUUGGAGUCUUGGUGGGAACUGGCUUUGAGCUGAGCAACGAGCCGGCAGCUACAGACCGGAGGAUCCCCCUGCUCUGCUGCUCAGUGCUGGAUAACAUGCUCUUCUGGCUUCUGGACACUGUGGAAAAGAGUCUGACGCUGCAGACUGCUGGAGCAGGAGCCGAGCUAUGGAUUCAGAUAUUUGAUGCUUCAUUGUGUGGAGUUUCAGCAUCAGCAGAUGCUCUUCAGCGUUUCUUCACUCACUCCCUCACACAGACACUCACUUACAAGCCUCGACUAACAGUAUCAGAUGCCAUCACCCUGCAGAACGAGUGGACAUUUGCAAAAGCCAGCCAGUUGAUGACCUUGCUUUUCCGCAAGCUGGCUGUGAUCUUCAGCAUGGAGCAGCUGCUGAGUCACCUGCAGCAGAUUUUGGAAACCCACGAGGUUAACUGGAAACACGUCCUGUGCUUCCUCUCCACUCUGCUGGUUUAUAACCCGUGCGCCCAGCCCAGCCUGAGAGAGCUGCUGUCCAGACUGCUGAGCUCUGCAUUCGAAGGCUAUGACCUGGAGAGCAUGAUCACUGCCUUCCUGUUGGCUCGACAGGGUGCGCUGGAGGGAGCCGCCAUCUUCUCCUCCUACAGCGACUGGUUCAAGAUGUCUUUCGGUGGAGGCAGUGGCUACCAUGCAACCAGUAAGAAAUCUCUUGUGUUUCUGCUGAAGUUCCUUUCUGACCUGGUGCCCUUUGAACCCCCACAGUACCUCAAGGUUCACAUCCUGCACCCUCCAUAUGUGCCUGUGAAACACCGUAACCUCCUGAUGGAGUAUGUCUCUCUGGCCAAGACCAGACUGGCUGACCUCAAGGAGUCAGUGGAGGACAUGGGGUUGUAUGAGGAUGUUUCUGCUGCAGGUGGUGCGUCAGUGCAGUGCCAUGCUGUCCAGGAUGUGGAGAAGGCAUUGUCUCUGUUUGAGAGCACAGGAAGAAUCUCUGCCACAGUCAUGGAGGCCAGUAUUUUCCGGAGGCCGUACUUCUUGUCACGAUUCCUCCCUGCUCUGCUGACGCCGAGAGUGCUGCCUGUGAAAGCUGAUACUCGGAUGAGUUUCAUAGAAGCUCUUAAAAAAGCAGAUAAGAUCCCUGCUGCACAGUAUUCGUCUUAUGUGGAGUCCUGCCACAAACAGAGGCGGCAGGAGUGCAGCACAGUGUGUUUGGACACUAAUGAUGAUCCUCUGGAGGUCCUGAAGAUUCAGCUGCAGGAGUUCACAGGGCUACUUGUUGGGCAAAAUAAUGGAGACAUGUCGGCCCAGCUGUCCAGGAUCUCACACACUCUGAGUGUCAUCUUCCCUUGCCGCCCUGAUGAGCUGAUUGGCCAGUCAGUCCUCAAACUUCACAUCAACACUGCCCAGUCCCCUGAGCUCCACAUCAAAGUUGUCAACAUGAUCCUGAGAAACUUCUGCCAGUGCAUGUUAGAUGCUUCCCGAGCUAACCCUCCUAACAAACAAAACAUGUGGGCCUCCCGGUUUGUCAGCGCGCUGAUUGGUAACAAGCAGCUACUCUCCGGCCUCAUACACAGACUCUGGGACCUGUUUCAUAACCAGGGGACAUCGCUGAGUGCCGCCCACUUACUCGGUCUGGCAGCAUUUAUGGUCCACCUCCAAGCCUCCAUGUCCCAUGGUCCUCUAGUUCAGCUGGUCCCGCCCAUUCUGCCUAAGCCAGUACCUGUUGGAGAAGCUCUCAGCUGUGCGCUGGUCUGCAGCACACACACUAACAUGCUCCUCUGUGUUAGGUUGUGUGUGGCAGCUGUUUGUUAUGGGAUGUGCAGGGGGGACUCCCUGCCUCAGCAACAACAGCAGGACUACAUCCUCAACAGCCUCUAUAAGAAGCUCACGUACCUCAUCCCAAGACUGUUGCCUGAAGCCAGACGAGCUCCCAUCACUGCUGGUGGUCCCGUUGGUGACUACCAGGAGGAGAACCUGCCCAGCCUGUGGAGCACUGCCACAGACACCAACAGCACCUGGAGGAAGACUGCCUGGCAUCUGUGGAGGCACCCUGCUUUCUAUCAGCUCGGGCUCAUACCACAAUAUCAGUUGUCGUUCUCAGAAUGGCUGGCUAAUGAGCUCAGAGUACGGAGAGGUGAAGACGCCCUGUCAGACCCAGAGCGUCAGGAGUACCAGCAGUGGGCCUGCUUGGAGCUCUUCCUGUCUCGUCCAGAGGAGCAGGGAGGCUGUGGAGGAGACAUGAAGACCCUCUGUUCUCAUAUGCUUAAUGCCAUCAUGGACCAGCACUUAAGCCAUCAGAGCCUGGAAAAGCUAGAUCACAGAGUGUCAGAAACAGGGACCUGUCUGCCCGACGUCCUGUCCAGAGUACAGGAGCUUGUGUAUGAGAUGGAAGUGACUGAACUCUCCAGCAGCCGUAGAAGCAGAGCUGAUGUGUGUGACUUCCUGUUUGAGUUGGUGUCUGAGAGAUGUUCCUCGUCAGGUUCAGCGAGCAUCAGCGCCGAGCUCAGCCUGCAGCACACUCUGAACACGUGGAACAGAGUGCUGCUGGCUCUCCCUCCAGUGCUCUUCAUUAAAAUAAAGACUGAAGGAGGGAGGACGACUCUGGAGUGUAACAAGCUGAUAGAACACAUCAACCAGCAUCAGAGGAAGGCGUGUUCUCCAGCCGGCUUGCUGCCCUGCCAUCUAAUAGCACACCUCCUGAGGGGCGUGUUAUGUGCCAGUGCACGAUGUGGACGCUCAGCAGAAGAAGUCAACAAAGCCUGGUCUCAGAUCAGUCUGCGCUGCCCUCUGCUCCUGGUCUCCACAGUGCACUGGUGGGAGCGUCUAUCUCCAGUGUUGUUGUCACUGUGGACUCGUCUAUGUGAUGGAGAGCCUCUACCAGAGCAGCUGCAGCUCCUUGCUGACUGUCAGAACUGGGCCUGCAGUUUAGAGAAGGGCCCGUCGCCAGUGCCGGCAGCCACACCUCUGCUGCUGGCUGCCAGCCUGCACCGUGCCUGGCGAGGCCAUGGGAGCGACAGCCAGGCCUUCAGCGCUGCCCUGAAUACGCUGCGACCAGAGAGGGGCGUUCAGCAUCGACAGGUGCUAGUUUUUCUGCUUUUCCUGUCUGUAAACAACUAUCUGUCAGCGCUCCUGUAUCCUCAGGAGGAGAACCAUCAGAGAACCAGGACUUUCUGCACAGAACUUCUGUCUGUGUUGGUGGACUCUGCUGACUGGCUGCUCGUCUUUAAAUCAAACGGACAAAGUGUUUACCAGUCGGUUACCAUGGUGACAUCGGAUCAAUUUACUCGAAUGAUGCCUUGGGCCUUUUACAGCCUGCUGCUCCAGCAGAGUGCUGAGCUGCAGCAGAGAGCUGUAUGUUGUCCAGGGUUCCUCCACACGGCCGUCCUCUGCUACAUCAGUCUGAUGCAGCUUUUCCUGGAAGGACACACACUUCCACCAACCACGGAGCGCUCUGACAAUCAGAUGGAGCCAUUCCAGAUUCUGAGUGAUGCCAAGCAGUUUCUUCUAAGAGCGAUCUCGCAGACGUCUCCAGCUGCUCUGUCCUCCAGCCAAUUCAGACAGCUGGAGUCCCAGUGUGCAGACCUGGACCCAGAGGUGGCAGCGGCCCUCUCUGUCCACCUCGACCCUCACAGCCUCAGCCCAGAGAUGGACUUCCUCUGAACCGCUGCAGACUGACGCUCAGGCAGAGUCACCCACCGUACAGCAAACAGUAACCGUGCAUACAGCCUUCUGAUGUAAUCCAUCUAACACCAACAUGUUCCUGUUGUAAGAUUUAUCAAAACUUACUGUUCAGAUUUUAGCUGUGAAGUUAAAAAAAUGUUGAUACUCUGAUUUGUAAAAAAACGUCUUUUAUACAUUUUAUUUACAUGCCUUUUUGUACAUAAUGCACAAAGGACUCUCUUAUACACAUGUACAUCUGAAGCCCUUUUCACUGUUUACAAUACAGAGGUAACCUCUUAAAAAGAGUACUUAGCAUUGUAAUAACUUAAUAAAAAAAACAGUGACCUAUAAAACUGAAGUGAAUGUUCUUAGAAAUCGUUCUGCACAACCAUUUGCACUGUGAGGAGGUUAAGUGCUUUACAUGUAUUAUGUAAAAAGAAUAUUGCAUUAUAGGACUUUACCACUGCGUCUAUGCAGGCUACGCAGUCGGUAGUAUGUGGCUGCUACAAAUAAAAAUGUCUGUAUAUAAGCUCCACAGGCAGUGUAAAAUCAUCUUUAACAGAGGCACCAGAUGUGGUUGUUGACAUUUCAAGCUAUAAUCCUCAAGAUUUUCACAAAAUCCGCCACUUUUUUAAGAUAGUUAUGGUCACCAUUUUUUUCUAUUAUCUCUUUACAUACUGUUUUUUAUUGUUGGGGCAGCGUUCACCAUUCGCACACUGGAUUUAAAUAUCACA